AUGAAGGCGCGAAUGACGGGGCUCAUCAAUCAGUCCCCGCAGUAUGCGAUCGACCAGUCGCGCGUGCCGAUUUACUUCGUGGCCUCCGAGAAGGACUGGUACUACUGCUCUACUCGCUUGCUCAAUGCGCAAGUCAUGGGCUUCGAUACGGAAACCCGCCCGAUCUGGAGCAAACACCAGCGUCGCAACCCGUGCGCAUUGCUACAGAUUGCAGUUCGCGAUGCCAAUCAAAAGGAAGAGGUCUUUAUCCUCGACCUGCUGCACUUGUCGGCCAAAGUCUACAACACCACACUAACUAACGUCUUCCUGUCUAAAACGGUCGUCAAGCUGGGACAGAGCUUCUAUCAGGACUUGCAGGAGCUGGCGGAGUCGUACCCGCAAGCCUCCUGCUUUACCGUCUGCAAGGGCGUCGUGGAAGUGAACGAUCUGUCAAUCUCAUUGGCUGGGGCACACAACCCGCUUAGUCUGCAGAAGCUAGUGUUUUUCUACUUGCAUCACAAGCUCACUAAGACUCAGCAAAUGUCCAAUUGGGCACGGAGACCGCUCACGCCUAGUCAGCUGCACUAUGCUGCAGCGGAUGCACUGGUGCUGAUCCACUUGUACGACGAGCUAUUGAUGCGCAUUCAGAAGCAGCGUACAACAAAGAAGUUCCGAUUGAGCGAAGUGACCAAUGUGCUGGAUGUGAAUCUCCCGCCAUCGCCAAAGUGCUCGCUCUGCUUUGACGUUUUCGAGACGAGUAAAGAACUGAAGAAACACCGCAAAACUUGCUUGCUGAACGUGCGCACGCUGGCGAUUUGUGAGGUUUGCGAAGGCAAGAAACUCGUGACUGAACAAGUUAUGAAGCACCAUGUGAAGCGCUGCGGCGUGGAUGACGUUGCGGAUGAGCCGAUCGUGCAGGUCAAGCGGAAACGUUCGCUAUCACUGGACUGCAAAAAGAGAGGAACGAAGUCGAAGAAGCGCCGGUUGGAGUCAACAGAGGAACCCAUUUUCACCAAAGCGGAGCAAAAGCCGAAGAAAUCGCUCACGAAAAGGCAGAAGAAGAAAGAACGGAAGAAAAAAGCGAAGGCGUUGGCUGCCUUGAAAGAUCAAUUUUCGGCAGAUAGCCUAUCGCAAGUAGAGACGUCGAGCUGUCGGGAUCAAGAGCACAGGAAGCGCAAAAUGAGCAUGGAGUCGUCGCUUUUGGCGUCCGAUGCAAUGUGGUCUCAGAUUUCGAGCGACUGCGAGUCCUUCACCACUGCCGCGUAGAGGUCGCCAACAUGAAACACUCUUAUUCAAAGGGGC